CAAGCCCCCGUAUCCCCUAGUUUGGCUUCCCAAUCUCACAGAGGCUUCUUUUCCACUUCCCAAUCGACCGAACGUCUGCAUCUGCGACUGAGGCACGCCCUACCCAGAGCCAUGUCUACCAUCACUACUACGACGGAGACUCGUGCAGAGCCGAUUACGGCCGAGACCAUCCUCCGGCUCUUCCCCGAUAUCGACACGCGCGGGGAUGCUCUGGAGGGGCACGACGAAGAGCAGAUUCGGCUCAUGGACGAAGUCUGCAUUGUCCUCGACGAAGAUGAUGUGCCAAUUGGGAAGGCCAGCAAGAAGAUCUGUCAUCUCAUGAGCAACAUCGACAAGGGCCUCCUCCACCGGGCCUUCUCCGUCUUCCUUUUCAACGACAAGAAUGAGCUGCUACUCCAGCAGCGGGCUCCCGAGAAGAUCACUUUCCCGGACAUGUGGACCAACACCUGUUGCUCCCACCCGCUUGGAAUCCCCAGCGAGACGGGCUCCAACCUGCCCGAUUCCAUUGAAGGAGUCAAGAGAGCGGCGCAACGAAAGCUGGACCACGAGUUGGGCAUCAAGAAGGAGCAGGUCCCCCUGGAGGACUUCCAUUUCCUGACUCGCAUCCAUUACAAAGCCCCUAGCAACGGCCAAUGGGGAGAGCACGAGAUCGACUAUAUCCUCUUCAUCAAGGCUAACGUCGACCUCGAUAUCAACAAGAACGAGGUCCAGGCCAUUCAAUACGUGUCUCCGGAUGAACUGAAGAAGCUCUUCACCGACCCCUCUCUCAAGUUCACCCCCUGGUUCAAACUGAUCUGCCACUCGAUGCUCUUCGAGUGGUGGCAGCACCUCGACUCGGGCCUCGAGAAGUACACCAAUGAGCAGCAGAUCAGGCGCAUGUGAGAGACGACGAAUCACGUCACGGGCCGAGGGCCACGGGCGGCAUCGGGGGCACAUACGUACCCCGGCGAUCAGGGCCGCGGCGAUUUCGCUAUAGGAUACUGCUUGUUUAGCCGUGAGAUUUCCGCUCUCGUGUGUUGACGAGAUAUCGAGACUCGACACUAAAGAGCUCCAUUUGUUUUGUUUCCCAACACUCACUCUCGCACAUUCCGGUUGAGCCACCGGCUCUAAAUGGGGAGUG